AUGGUUGGCUCAAGUUCAGCAUCUUCGGACGCUACCAGUGGUGUGAUGUCUUCGGAGGGAGGUAUUCAGCUUGCGGCUAUUUCUCUUUCUGAGAAUUCCCUUCAAAUUACCAUUCACAAACCAAAUGGAAAAAAUUAUUUUGAGUGGUCUCAGUCCGUGCGGUUGGUGAUUGACGGCAAAGGGAAACUCGGCUACUUGAAUGGCGAAGUGAAACCACCAGCAACUGAUGAUCCAAAGUACAGGCAGUGGCGUUCUGAAAACUCUAUGGUUACCGCCUGGUUUAUCAACUCUAUGGAUCCGGUGGUUGGAAAACCAUUCAUGUUUCUGCCAACGGCUCGCGAUAUGUGGGAAGCUGUUAGGGAAACCUAUUCAGAUUUGGACAAUCAUUCACAAUUGUUCGAACUGAAUACCCGAAUGUGGAAGUUGCAGCAAGGUCAAUGUGAAGUAACAGCCUAUUAUAAUGAGAUGAUGGCUGUUUGGCAGGAGUUGGAUUUAUUUGAAGAAGAAUGGGAAAGUCCCAGUGACAGUGCUCGGUACAAAAAGAAGAUAGAAAGAGGCCGGGUUUUUGUCUUCUUGGCUGGUUUGAACAAAGAACUCGAUGAGGUUCGGGGACGUAUCUUAGGACGAAAGCCCUUGCCUACUAUAAGAGAGGUUUUUUCAGAAGUGCGUAGAGAAGAAGCAUGGCGGCAAGUGAUGUUAAAGAAUGUUAGUGAAACAAAAACAGAGAAUGAAGGGUCCGCUCUUGUGGCCCGAGGUGUAGACUUAGACGGAGAGAAACGAGGAGGAAAGCAGAGGCCUUGGUGUGAUCAUUGUAGAAAGCCAUGGCAUACUCGGGAAACAUGCUGGAAGCUGCACGGGAAACCGGCGGGUUGGAAGAAAAAAUCAGGCAAUGACAACAAGUCAGGGGGAGAUGUCCGCGCACUUCAA